AUGUCUGCCUCCAACCUGUGGCCCCAACAACAAGAACACCAUGUUUGGUACUGCUCGUAUGGAUCAAAUUGUAAUAUGCAACGUUUUUCAGUCUAUUUGAAUGGUGGAAAACCGAUCGGAAGUUCUUUGAAUGCUCCGAGCAUGAGUGGAUGUCGGGUUUCAUCAUCUCCUUUGAAAUCACAACCUAUUCUAUUAGAAGAAUAUCAAAUGAUAUUUUCAAGAGUUUCUAGAACGUGGCAUGGAGGAGGAGUUUGUUUUAUUAAGAAAAAUCAUCGAGAUGCUCCUUUUAUUUGUGGUGAUGAUGUUUAUAAUGGUUUGCAAAAUUGUAUUUGUAAAAAGAAAUCUAAUGAGAAUGUUUGCAAUUGUGUCAUAACGGAAAAUGAUGAUUUUAAUUCGCAUACCAAUCAUGUAUUGGGUAGAAUACACAAAAUUAUGUGGAGCCAAUUUGUGGAUGUUGUUUCUCAAGAAAAUGGAGGUAUUAAUUGCAAACUUGAAGGUAGAAAUCAUAUUCAACAGCAAUUAGAUGAUUAUUACGAAAACAUCAUUUCUAAAUUGCGAGAAACUGGAGAAUUUAAAUUAUUUGAUACGUGGUAUGGGAACAUCAUGUUAAUUGGCUUUCAUCCUGAAGAUGGUUGUCCAAUUAUUACUUUUACGACAAGCACAUUCGAGCAAGAAGUGAUCAAUAAGGCUCAUGAAUCGUACUUGAAUACCAUUGCAGAGGGAAUUUCAGAAGCAUUCAAAAUUUGUGAAAAACGAUGUGCCAUGUACUUUUUUUCAAAGAAAGGAGUGAAAGAAUUUUAUUCUUUGGAAGAGUUGGCUUUGAGGAUUUGUAAAGCUGCCAAUAAUCUCGAAUGA